CCACCAGGGACCUGCAGCCUAUUCUAAACUGACUUCCUGCGGUCGCCGCCAGUUACCAGAUUUCGGAUCUUUGCUCCGGAUUCCAGCAGGGAGGAGGAAGAGAGGCGGCUGGAGGGGGAGCGGCGGCGGAGUGGGAAACGUGCCCGCUUAGGUAGCCGUCGUCCACGCCCUGGGUCGGACCGCUGCCAGAGCUCGAGCAGGACUUGUCUUAGAACGCAGCUGGUGGCUCGAAUACUGUUGCUCCAGUUCGGGAGAAUCCUAAGCAGAAUGACAAAGUGAAAGCAGGAUCUUGUGCCCCCAAAGAAUGAAUACAGGUCAUUCCAGAGAAAUGAUAACAUUUAGCAUCUUUAUACUAGUGGCCUACUGUCAUACACUGAAAGCAUUUACUGUUACAGUUACCAAGGACCUGUAUAUAGUCGAAUAUGGCAGCAAUGUGACAAUUGAAUGCAAAUUCCCUAUAAAAGAACGUUUAAACAUGCUUUCAUUAAUUGUCUACUGGGAAAUGGAUGGCAAGAAAAUUACUCAGUUUAUGAAUGGGAAGGAAGACAUGACUGUACAACAUAGUAACUACAGACAGAGGGCCCAUCUGUUAAAAGACCAGCUCUUUCUGGGAAAGGCUGCACUUCAGAUCACAGAGGUGAAAAUGCAGGAUGCAGGGGUUUAUUGCUGCUUGAUCAGUUAUGGCGGUGCUGACUACAAGCGGAUUACUUUGAAAGUCUACGCUCCAUACCGUGAAAUCAACCAACAAAUUUCGAGGGAUCCGGUUACCUCUGAAUAUGAGCUAAUGUGUCAGGCUGAGGGUUAUCCUGAAGCUGAAGUUUUCUGGACAAGCAGUGACCACAGGGUCUUGAGUGGCGAAACAACCAUCACCAGUUCUAAAAGGGAAGAGAAGCUUCUCAAUGUGACCAGCAUUCUGAGAAUCAAUGCAACAGCCAAUGACAUUUUCUACUGCACUUUUCGGAGUUCACCAGAUGAGGAAAACAGAACAGCUGAAUUGGUCAUCCCAGAACCACUUGUGAUUUUAGAACAUCAGAGAGCUCGCUGGAUAUGUCUGGGAGCUGUCGUGUUGCUCCUUGUAGCCAUGGCAAUCAUCUGUCUAAAGACAAAUGGGACCACUACUAGCAGUAACCAGAGGACCAUAUGUGGUAUCAGGGAUGGAACUGAAGUGAGAAUGACUGAUGUAGAAAACUGUUGCAACCCAGACGUGAACUCAAAGACCCAAAAUGAUACACAAUUUGAAGAGACAUAGUCAGCAUUGGAGCUUCUGAUCUUAAAAUAGGGACUUUCAGCCUGUGAUUUGAGCUCAUCAGGGCUGAGCACGACCGACCAUCGGAAAGCAGUGGACCGGCAGGCGGCAGAUGAUGUAGAACUCAGAAUGAAAUUCUAGCUUCUGAAAAUAGUACCACCUGGAAAAGAAAAGGAAGAGAACAGAGAAAGAAGUAGAAAGACUCACCAGAAGGACUCCUUGGUCCUUCAAGAUAAUCAGGAGUCUUGUUGGUACAUAUACACUGGAGAAAGAACAAUUUUGAAAAAUGAGCUUCCAUGCAAAUUGUCCAGCACGUAUCUUAGACAAACAGGUUGAGAUUUCCUGAUUUAAUGCUCAGUUUCUGAAGAAGUGCUCACAUUCCCUUCAUUUAAUGUCUUAGUUUGUCUUCUGUGUGAUUGAGAGUUCAGUGUUGCAACAGUAUUUGAAUAGGAAUUAUUUCUAUUUAUUUUGAGACUAUAGGAUCUUGCUGUGUGUGUGGUUGUGAAUGAUUUCUUUGGAAGAUGCACUGUAGUAGAAUUUAACAUUCCUUCACUCUACUUUCAGCAUAAUGAUUUGUGUAUACCCAGUAAAGGACCUCCCGUUGAUCAUCGAUUUGCUCGAGCGGGCCCAGUAACGUCUCCAUUGGAGACUUUGUUGUUACUGUGUUUGGCAUAUCGAAUACGUCAUGGGGAGCUUGCCAGGCAAAAUGCAAAAUAUUUGUAGGGUGUUUGGUACCCUCUGUAAAUAGCAGUACAUAGGAAAUACAGAGUACAAGCCAUAGAUGUUUGUAGGAUAUUGCCUAUUUAAUACCCUAUAAAUCAUAUUAAUAUUACCUAUUAUUACCUCUGAUGCUUUUGUUGACUUAAAUAAUCUUAAUCUCAUACCUCAGAAUAUAAAUGUGAUUUUGAUAUUGCAUUUGCAAAUUACAUGUUCUAUUUGGAAACUUCAUUGGAGCACCUUCAUUGUAGAUUCUCAAUGAGCUAUGCUUGAAGUCCUGAACCUCACCAGAUCACAUCACUACACUGAUUUCUUAUGAUUUUAUUUUCCAAGUGAGACUCAGCUGCCUUCUUAGGAAGUCUGGGUAUUCUUUCUUCUUGAUCAUUUAUGUGGAUCAAUGACAAGGAAAAUCUUUGCUUUACUACAUGUCCAGGUUAAAGAAAUAGACUAUCCCACAGCAUUCCUACUACAAUUUUUAUUAUUUGUUCAUUUGUAUAAAGUCCCUGUUUGUGUGGUAGUAUCUCUUAUUAGUAUGAGAUACAACUCCAUUGUAUCCUCCGAUUCUGUCUUAACACGUUCUCGUGGUAUUAGAUUUAUAAAGCACUUUAUUCCUUUGUUUUGUGUUCAUUGUAAAUAA